CACACCAGCAGGUGGCGCUGCAGAGGACACAGCGUUUAACUUCCUGCCAAUUCACAUUCAACAACAAAUCAGAGCGCAGCUCGACCAAUGCUAUGCAAGUGAGUCAGAAACUGCAGCUGGGAUUCUUAUAGUAACACAAAUAAUUAACAAUGGCUGAAGUCGAGGAGACGCUGAAGAGAAUCCAGAGUCAGAAAGGAGUGCAAGGAAUAAUCAUCGUCAACUCCGAGGGCAUUCCUAUUAAAACCACUCUGGAUAACGCGAGUACAGUGCAGUACGCAGGCCUCAUCCACCAGCUAGUGAUGAAAGCACGGAGUACAGUGAGGGACAUUGACCCACAGAAUGACCUCACUUUCCUCAGGGUUCGCUCCAAGAAGAAUGAGAUUAUGAUUGCUCCAGAUAAGGACUAUUUCCUGAUAGUCAUUCAGAACCCCACGGAGUAAAGAUGCUGUUUUCUGUAUACUUUUUUAUUUAAACAAUUUUUCUGCAGAAAAAUGAAUUUUGUUCAUGUAGUAGUUAUGUAAGUGUACAGCUAACGUCAUAUAAUCUGACACUAAUAGGCAAUAUGGUCUCUGUCAACAUUAGUGACAUGCAGGGUGCACUGAUGUUCUGUUAUUCCUUAUCAUUCCAGUAUUUCUUUUUUCCUAAAUUGUUUAAUCCACUUAAUUUAUUGUUCUUUUAUUUGCUUUUUAUGCCAAUGCUCAAACAAUUUCUCACCAUAAAGAUAAAAGAGGAGCUAAAUGUCGAAGGUUUCUCUAUCUGUCAUGAGCAACAAUAAAACCCACAGUGUGAAAAAA